AUGAAGUCUGCCGGCAAACUCUUUUUUCUCUCCGUCUUUGCCCUCUGCGCGGCGCCCGGGAUUUGCACCGACGCAUCCAAGGAUGGCUGUCCAAUCUCUCCCAAGGCCAUUGUAGAUGACGCUUGCGUCUCCUACGCCACGCUUGACAAGCUCAACACCCGUGUCAAGCCCGCCGUCGACGACCUCACCCAGACGACCGACUUCUUCUCCCACUACCGCCUCAACCUAUUCCACAAGUCCUGCCCCUUUUGGGACGACUCCAACGGCCUCUGCGGCAACAUAGGGUGUGCCGUCGAGACGCUCGACAACGAGGACGAUAUCCCCGACGUCUGGAAGGUCAAGGAGCUGAGCAAGCUCCAGGGACCCCUGGCGAAACAUCCCGGCCGCGCCUCCAAGAAGGAGCACCGCCCGCUGCACGGCGAGCUUGGCGACAGUGUCGGCGAGAGCUGUGUUUACGACAACGACGAUGAGUGUGACGAGCGCGACUAUUGCGUUCCCGAGGACGAAAGCGCCUUCUCCAAGGGCGACUAUGUCAGUCUGACAAAGAACCCCGAGCGCUUCACGGGCUACGCGGGCCUCGGCUCCCACAUGGUCUGGGACGCCAUCUACCGCGAAAACUGCUUCCAGCGCAGCUCCUUUCCGCGCUCCGCCGACGUCGGCACCUCUCUGUGGCCAAAGGGUCCCGCAGCCAUGGACUUCAAGCAGGUCAUGGAGGCCGCCGGUCGCCAGGCCCAGCUCGACCAAAACCGCCUGCAAAAGCCCGAGACGCCGUUUGUCGCCAGCACGGGGCUCGAGACCGACGACGAGUGCCUUGAGAAGCGCGUAUUUUACCGCGUCGUGUCGGGCAUGCACGCCAGCAUAAGCACCCACCUCUGCUGGGACUACCUCAACAAGACGACGGGCCUCUGGGGCCCCAACUUUGACUGCUACAUGGAGCGCCUUCACCCGUACCCCGACCGCAUCAGCAACCUCUACUUCAACUACGCCCUCGUGACGCGCGCCGUCGCCAAGCUCGGGCCGUACCUACAGAAGCCGGUGUACACGUUUUGCACCGACGACGCGCACGAGGACGCCUCGACGCGCGGCAAGGUGCUCAAGGUGACGCAGCGCGCCGCCCUGGUUCCCGAGAUCUUUGACGAGAGCAUCAUGUUUGUCAAUGGUGAGGGCCCAUCCCUCAAGGAAGAUUUCCGCAACCGCUUCCGCAACAUCAGCCGACUGAUGGACUGCGUCGGCUGCGACAAGUGCCGCCUCUGGGGCAAAGUCCAGACUAACGGAUACGGCACUGCGCUCAAGGUGCUCUUUGAGUUUGGCAAGGACAACGAUAAAGACGUGCCCGUGCUCAAGCGCACCGAGCUCGUCGCCCUGUUCAACACGUACGGCCGUCUCACGAAGUCGCUCAUGGCCAUAGCCCAAUUUCGGAAAAUGGCCGUCGAGGCCGAGGACCAGCGAAAGGCGGCAGAGCUGCUCGCCGAGACGGCAAAGGACAUUCGCGAGCCGCUGGAUCAUCCGCUCACGUCCAACGAGGACGAGGAGCUCUCGGACGAGUUGGUCGAUUUGAUCCGCAAGAAGAAUCGCGGGUCGGCGGGUGAGGACUGGAAGUCGCAGGUGGACCACGAGCUGGCGCUUUUCAAGCUGGCUAUGCGUGUCGUCUUUACCGGCUGGAUCCGUGCCCCAGUUUACUUUGUCAAAGUGGCCAUUGCCGAGUCUACACAGCUUUACUAUGCGCAAAGAGGGCGUGAUUAUAGUCGCCCACCAUCCGCAGCUCUCCCGCAGCUCUCAGCCCAUCUUCCUCUUCCCCAGACUGCCUCGCGACAACAAGCCCACCUCAUCGACCUUUUCCAACAGCCCCUUUCUGCCUGCGAAACCGUACUCUCUCAACAUAACGGCGCCACGUAUACCCAAUGGCCGCAUACGGGCUAUGAAUCACCGAUCCCCGCCCCGGCACGCUCGCCGCGCACAACGACAACCAGCACCACUAUCCGCGUCGCCGUCGCCAUCAUGUCCUUGUCGUCCAUGACGUCGCUGCCCGCGCCGCCGCCUCGUCGCCCGCGGCUGCUUGCCCAGAACCGCAAGCUGCGGCACCUCUGCGGGCUAUCCCUGCGCAACCUGUCCUUUGCGCCGCCGACUGCGCGCAUCCUGCGCUCCGCCGACGACGGUGACCUCCCCCACGGCAGCAACAAGAAGAAGCCGACGACGACCACCACCACCACGACGAAUACCACCCAGAAGCUGCCCGUUCUGCAGGAGACGAGCAGUGAUGUCGCGCCCGGCGCGGCGCUGCAUCCGUCACGGUCUUCGGAUCAUCUGGCCGGAAAGGAGGCCGCGAGGCGCCUGAGCGCAAGCGGCGGCGGUGGUCACCGCAUAGGAGCGCCGCUGGUGCAGCGACGCGCGAGUCUUAGCAAUGCGCCGUCGAGCCCGGCGAGCCGCCAGAAGAAGCUCGAGGAGCUGGCGGACGAGGCGGUCGGCGACGUCUUCUUCUCCCUGCACGAUCCGGCGAGCCCGGAGGAACCUAUAUAUAUAAGCGAAACAGGAGAGCGAUCAGCGAGCGCCUGGACUUUUCUCCUCGAGGAGCUCAUUGACCUCCGCAAGCUGCACUUUAUAUCCACGACCCUCAACCGCGAGUAUCGGCCUAACGCGCUGAUUUUCCACCUCGAGGACGGCGUGUACUCGCUCGACUUUCCCGACUGCGUCUCCGAGCCCCGCCAGCAGGCCCAGCCCACCACCACGUCGUCGUACAAUGCGCUCAUGAAGCUGGCAAACCUUGAAAGCUCCCUACGCGACGCCGAGGAGACGCGGCGCGCGGUGGUGCAGCAGAUCAACGACGUCGUCGUCACCACCGCCGCGGGGGGAUCCGCUGACGGCGCGGCCGACGCGGCGGAGGAGAGCGUGGUGCUUGCGGGCAAGUAUCUGGCCACGCAGCGCCGUCUCAACAGCCAGGCCGAGCGGCGCCGCGACGAGCUGCGCACGUCGCUGCGCGUGCGGAGAGACGCCAUCGCCGCGGGCAAGGCCCUGCAGCGCAGCCGUGCCGAUGACAUGGCCAGCGGCAAGGAGAAGAUGGUCGCGUCGCGACGUCUGCUCGACGACACGGCGCAGCAAAUUCGCGGCCAGCGCCGCCGCAUCUGCGCCGACCUCGCCGCCGUGUUUCCCAUUGCGCCGAUACCGCACGCGCCGCCGCUGUCCUUUACUAUAUGCGGCAUCCCGCUGCCCAACUCGGUCUACGACGCUGGCGUCGCGCGUAGUGUCGGCGAGGACGCGCUCUCCGCCGCGCUCGGCCUCGUCGCGCUGCUCGCGUGCCAUCUCCAGUUCUACCUCGGCUACCCGCUGCCCUACCCCCUCGUCACGCCGCUCGUAGGCUCCCGGACCUACAUCCGCGACGAAAUCUCCCAUCUCGACGCGUCGUCCGCUUCCACCACCGCAAACAAAGCUGGAACCGCCAGCAGCCGACGCGAAUUCCCGCUCUUUCUCCCCCGCGGCGGCUCCACCACCAGCCAAUGGCGCUUCGAGUACGCCUGGUUUCUGCUCAACAAGGACCUCGAGACGCUGUGCGCCGCGCAGGGCCUGCGCGUUGUCGACGUCCGCCACACCCUACCCAACCUCAAGUACCUGCUGUAUGUCGGGAGCGCGGGCUCCGACGAGGUGCCCGCGCGCAAGAAGGGCGGCGUCCGCGGGCUUUGGGCAGGACGCCUCGCGGGCCGCGUGCCCGAGCUGCGCGGCGGCGGCGGCGACGGCAGCAGCACGGGGGGAAGUCGGCCGGGAAGUGCCGACAGCGAGGCCCACGCGCAGCGCGGCGAGGUUUUGGUGUUGCGGGAGCCGAUGUUGGCGGACGAACAGCAACAUCAAGAGCAACAACAACAGCCGCUGGCGGUGGGAUGGGGCGUGGCGGGCGGGGGAGGCAUGAAUUCCGACUUUGCGCUGCCGUUUGAAAACCACGAGACAAAGUUUACGCUGCGCACAAAGGGCCUACGAGAAAACGUGGCCGGUUGA